AUGUCUGCUCAAAACAUCAAAACUCACAAAAGAAAUAAGAUCCAAACACAUUCCCAAUAUAGUUCCUGUACUGAACAAAACAGAAAAAAUAAAAAAGCCAAACAGCUUAGAAACAAAUCAUCUAAUGAAAGUGUUUUCUCUCUCUCUUUAACUAAAAAUGUUUUUUUAAAUAAAAAGAUAUCAGAAAAUGAUGAUAAUGAGUGUAAAGAUGGCUAUGUUAAAUUCUCUACAAUGGUAGAAAUUAAGAAAGAAUUUAUUAGUAAUGAAAUUCUAUCUUCAGAAUUUGAUUAUGAAGAAAAAUUUUGUAAUAUUGUUAAUACAUUGAUUGUAUCUCUUCAAAAAGAGUUAGGAUAUUAUUGGAAACUUAGAAAUCUAUAUAUUAACAAGAAAAAAUGA